CCUGUCCCUCGCUCGGGUCAUUGGCUUCGUUCAGGGCUUGGUGCUGGCUAAUUGUAGACGAGGAUUAAUUAACGAGAGCUGCCGCGAGCUCGUGGUGGCUUUUGAAGUCUCGCAUGACGCCGUUGAGCAACCCUCGUGGGUUCUUGAGGACAGAAAUCGCGAACGGCAUUGGAAGAGCGCUCGCGGGGCUCGGACCGGACGGACAACAAGCCGAUGACGGCGCAGGGCCGGGCUGGCCCGGCUCCUGUGUGCUGUGGUCAAGCGGCGUCUCUUGCCGGCGCAGCGACGGCCGCUUUGCUCUGCCUUGACUUGGUGUUGGAAGAAGCAAAAAUACUCCGGUGCAGGGUUUCCUUCUGCUGUCGUCGCGGUGAGGAGUGAGCAUUUUUCCCCAUUGUGUUGACAACAGAACAGGCCGUCUGAGAGGUUGGCCACAGGUAUGAGCGGCUGGCUCUCAUCGCCGAGAAAACACACGGACCGGGGGAAAAAAAACCUGUGGUAAGAAACCAAAAGCAGCCUGCCUUGAUUGAGUUCUCAAGAGCAUCAUCGACCCUUUGGUACAUUAUCAAGAUGCAUUAGGAAACUGGACACGGUGCCAAACGAACUCCCCGCCUUUCCAUGACUCUCUCGGACCCUGACUCAGAUACUUUGGGAUAUAUAUUUCUAUUUUAAGGAGAAGAGCGCCUACUCCAAUUCCUUUCCGCCGGCUCACUGGCGGAGAUAUUUCCCUGAGAUCAUGGACCAUCCGAACAGGGAGAAGGAUGAACGGCAGCGGACGACGAAGGGGAUGGCGGGCAGGAGCGGGCACGGCUCUCGCCCUGGCUCAUCCACGUCCUCGGGCGUUCUCAUGGUGGGACCCAACUUCCGAGUGGGCAAGAAGAUCGGGUGCGGGAACUUCGGAGAGCUCAGACUAGGUAAAAAUCUCUACACCAAUGAAUAUGUAGCGAUCAAACUGGAACCCAUAAAAUCGCGUGCACCGCAGCUCCAUUUAGAAUACAGGUUUUAUAAACAACUCGGAAGUGCGGCGGAAGGGCUUCCCCAGGUAUAUUACUUCGGACCAUGUGGAAAGUACAACGCCAUGGUACUAGAGCUGCUUGGGCCGAGCCUGGAGGAUCUGUUCGACCUGUGCGACAGGACGUUCACUCUGAAGACGGUGCUGAUGAUUGCCAUCCAGCUGAUCUCUCGGAUGGAGUACGUGCAUUCCAAGAACCUCAUCUACCGAGACGUCAAGCCGGAAAACUUCCUUAUCGGCCGGCAAGGCAAUAAGAAAGAGCACGUCAUUCACAUCAUAGACUUUGGCUUGGCCAAGGAGUACAUCGACCCCGAGACCAAAAAACACAUUCCUUACCGGGAACACAAGAGCCUAACGGGAACGGCGAGAUACAUGUCCAUCAACACCCACCUCGGCAAAGAGCAAAGUCGUCGAGACGACUUGGAAGCCCUUGGCCACAUGUUCAUGUAUUUCCUCCGAGGCAGCCUGCCCUGGCAAGGACUGAAGGCUGACACCUUAAAAGAGAGGUAUCAGAAGAUUGGGGACACAAAGAGAAACACUCCGGUUGAGGUUCUCUGUGAGAACUUUCCAGAGGAGAUGGCCACGUACCUGCGGUACGUGCGGCGAUUAGACUUCUUUGAGAGACCAGACUACGAUUAUUUACGAACCAUCUUCACAGAGCUGUUCGAAAAGAAAGGCUACACCUUCGACUACGCCUACGACUGGGUCGGCAGGCCGAUUCCGACUCCGGUGGGAUCCGUUCACGUGGACUCUGGGACGUCCGCGAUAACAAGGGACAGCCACCUCCAUCGGGACCGGCCAUCGCAGCAGGCGCUUCGCAAUCAGGCGUCAUCGGAUCGCCGAGGGGAGUGGGAGAUCCAGCCCAGCCGGCAGACAAAUACCUCCUACCUGACGUCUCAUUUGGCUGCGGAUCGGCACGGAGGAUCCGUACAGGUGGUCAGCUCGACCAACGGGGAGCUGAACGUGGACGACCCGACGGGGGCACAUUCCAACGCGCCCAUAACGGCGCAGGCAGAGGUGGAGGUGGUGGAGGAAGCUAACUGCCUGAAAAUGCUCAACUUGUGGUGCUGCUGCUUCUUUAAGAGGAAACGGAAGAAGACGGCUCAGCGUCACAAGUGACCGGUGCCUCCCGGGCCUUGCGGGACCCACCGCCUGCAGCUCCUGCCCUGUCUCACUGGAAGGGGCUUCUCUUUAGGGGGGAGGAGGAGGCGUAGGAGGAAGAGAGAGAGAGAAAAAAAGAAAACAAACAAAAAAACACAUAAAAAAACGUAAAAAAAGUGACAUUUUAAACCAAAAAGAGAAGAAAAACGUUCCAAAACAAACCACUCUGGGGUGGAUCUGCUGAACGGUCUCCCUCGGUCACUCCAAGCCUGAAGCUCCUUGCGGGACCAGGACCGUGGCUGGCUCGGGCGGCAGGGCGGGGGGCUGGCUGGCUGACCCCCCGGCCCCUCGGCACCGCCGGCCCCAGGACUGCGCUUAGCUCCUGCUCGCCUCCUCCCCUCGCUCCCCGUCCUGCUCCCUCCCUCAUUCCGCAAAGAAACCCGUGGGCUCGCCGGGCUGCGCAGGGGGCAGGCGGCGGCGCGGGGAGAAGGGCCCGAGCGCCGCGGCGCUGGGACGGGUCCCUUCUCGGCUCCUCGGGAACAGUCCCGCUGUCACGUGCAAGCUGUGAGAAAUUUGCAGUCUACUGUUCCACUUAGGGUUUAUUAUUUUCUUGUCUUUCCCCGGCUCCCUUGCCACCUCCCUCCUCUGAUGGUAACAGAGCAAUGCGGAUUGUUUUAAAGAAGCUGACGUCGUUGCACUUUUUUAAUUACUUUUAGCAUUUACAGAUGUACAUUGUAUCUGUGCGGCUCUGCCUGGUCCCGCGGUGCCAGCGCAGACAGACAUCCAGCUGGGAAGACGACGGGGCGCAAAGAAGUGCCCUCCGAGUGGGGAUGGCGCCGGCCCGGGCUCCGCGUGCCGAGGAAACCGUACUUGAAUUUCCAGUCGCCCUUCCCAGCUGCCGCUGAAUGUCCCCACCAUGGUUUCCUACACCGUGCCUGACCCAGCCGGCCGGGAGACGCGAGGCAGGAGGGAGCAGUGUCAGCUUUGCUGAGCUGGAGGAGUUUGCGCUGGUUUAAGGGCUAGAUCUGGAUUAAGGUGACCGGGAGGCAGGCGUUUCUUGGUGCGGGCAGCCUUCUCCAGCCCCUCCGGCUGCGAACCUUCGUGAGCAGGAGCAAAGCUUCCCCGGCCGGGGAGAGGAUCCUUCGCUGCCUUAACACUGAUUUCAUCUCCGGAUGGUCAGAUAGGUUUGACUGGAAUCGCCUUCACGUCCUCUCCGCGGGCGCGAGCCGGGGCACCGGGACGUCAGCCCGCCCCGCGGGAGAAGCCACGGUCCUCACACGCCGCUUCUGAGCCAAACUCGUAGUUAGCAAAGGGCUCGGGGCGCUUUGCACGUGCGUAAAAACAUAAAUACCUUGCAUCCUGCUGCAGCGUUUGCGAAGGCGGAGGAGGCCGCGGCUGCCCGGGCACGCAGACGUGGCCGCGCUCUCGGGGUCCUGAGCAGCUUGUUGUGAACCGGUUCCUUGUGCUUUUGCUUUCCACGUGUGACACCCAACCAGGCUGGGACUGUUCGCUUGAGGGACUUCAUCCUAAACUCAGGCCUGGCUCACCCUGAAUUCCCCGGAGAGCAUGAAGGGGGGAAAGGCAGGGACUAGAUCUCGGUAUGUUUUGUUUUCCAAUGACGAUCUGCGUAGCUUGGAGAUUGCGGAGCGGCGAUGCCGGGAGGUUCGGAUCCCCCGGCUGGGCAGGAGCAGCUUUAGGGGGCAGGAAAUGCCCCCAGGCGGGCGGAUUCUGGGCUCGCUCUUGUGCUUCCUUGGGGAGGCGAGCGGGUGGAAAAGCCUCGUGUCCUUCCCGGGAUCCCCGCGGGCCGUUCCCCGCCGUUCCCUCCAUGCCUUAUCCCGACGAGAGGCGCAAAGAGACACGCUUCCCCCCUUUCUCGUUCCGCUGUCCUCGAGCCGGGGUGGAAUGGGACCGUGGCUGCGUUCCCGUUUCUCUUUCCACACUCGGGUGUUUCUGGCGCAGGCGUUCCCCUCUCUGCUGUAGGAAACCGCGGUUUGGCGUCUUGGGAGGGGGGACAGGCUCCCCGGAGCAGCCCUGCCCGCCGCAGGGGAGCCGGCGCCGAGCCCUUUGUGUCGCUGCCCUCCCAAGCCCCACUAAGUGCCUGUCACCAGAACUCCAUUCCUUCUGCAUCUCCUGCCGUGGUUUGGUCCAUUCCUCGCUGCCUCCGCCCGAGGAGCAGCUUGUAGUUGCAGCAUAUGUAAGUGUUUGCAGGGUGAGGGAGGGCGGGGGGAAAGGGGCCAUCUCAACAGUUUCUGUUCUUAAAUUUUGUUUUGUUUUGGUCUUUUUGUUUUUUUAAAGUGAAUGUAUUUGAUUGUUUAGAAACUUUCCUGACCUUGUUUUUAAGUGGGUUGGUUUGAAAGCCCUCUCACGGUGACCCGCUGCAGCUUCUCUCCGGAGAUACGAUGUUCUUUUAAUCCUACGAUGAUGUGUUUGUAGGGGAGGACCGUCCCCCCGCGGCAUGCUGGUAAUGCUCACUUGUACCAAGCCCUCUUGCACUAUAAUCGUACGUUGGACUCUCCAUAAAGGGCAAAGAUGUGGGGUUGGGGAUUUUUAUUUAAAAAAAAAAAAAACACAAAACACAAAAAAAAUAAUAAAGCGAGUUAAAAGCAAGUCCUGUGCUUGAGGGACCGUCCCCAGGGAGGAGACACGAGCCAGACUGAGCCAGCCACGCUGUGGUAGGACGCAGGGCAUUAAACCCCUCUCCCGAAGUCCGUCAGCAGGCGGGAGGGCUGCGGGCCCCCCGCGCUGCGCCCGCCAACGUCGCGAUGCAGUCUUCUGAGGUAUCAAGUGAGAUGGUUAUUAUUAUUAUUAUUAUUUUGUUUUUCAAUAAAACAUUGCACUGCUGCAUUGUUCUCCA